CUGCACUACGGGACCCUCCUGGGCAGCAGAGCUUGUGUCCACAUGGCAGCAGCUGCCUGGGCCACUGGGUUUCUCAAUGCUCUGCUCUACACGGCCAAUACAUUUUCACUGCCCCUGUGCAAGGGCAAUGCCCUGGGCCAGUUCUUCUGUGAAAUCCCCCAAAUCCUCAAGCUCUCCUGCUCACACUCCUACUUCAGGGAAGCUGGGCUUCUUGUGGUUAGUAUAUUAGUAGUAUUUGGCUGUUUUGUGUUCAUUGUGGUGUCCUAUGUGCAGAUAUUCAGGGCCGUGCUGAGGAUCCCCUCUGAGCAGGGACGGCACAAAGCCUUUUCCACCUGCCUCCCUCACCUGGCUGUGGUCUCCCUGUUUGUCAGCACUGGUGUGUUUGCUGACCUGAAGCCCCCCUCUAUGUCCUCCCCAUCCCUGGACCUGGUGGUGUCUGUUCUGUACUCAGUGGUGCCUCCAGCAGUGAACCCCCUCAUCUACAGCAUGAGGAACAGCAAACUCAAGGAGUCUAUAAGGAAACUGAUGACUGUUCGCUUUUCAAAAGCAGUAAUAAAGUGA